UCGUAUGUUACUCAUUUCUUUCAUAUGUUAAUUCCUCGUGUGUCUUCCGCCGCUGCAGGAGGGAUGAGCGUCGGGAGUUACGACCUGAUGACGUACCAGCGGCUGGCCAGCGCCUUGUAUGCCCACCCGCCCCACGCUACCCUCGACCCUGCCACGCCCACCUCCAUCCCGCCCACCACGCCCACCACUCUCCUCGCUGCCCACGACCCUCUUCUCCACGGCGGUGGUCUGGAGCUGAAGGAGGGACUGGGCGGUCUGGGCGGCGGACCAUGGCCCUAUCCAAUGUACUACCCUUAUGACACCCUGGCGGCCUACCCCUUCUCCCACGGCUAUGGAAUGGCCUUCGACGCCGCCCGCCGGAAGAACGCGACCAGAGAAACGACGGCAACCCUGAAGGCAUGGCUGAACGAGCACAAGAAGAACCCGUAUCCAACCAAGGGCGAGAAGAUCAUGCUGGCCAUCAUUACCAAGAUGACACUCACACAGGUAUCCACGUGGUUCGCAAACGCUCGCCGACGCCUGAAAAAGGAGAACAAGAUGACGUGGGAGCCGAGGAACAAGACAGACGACGACGAUGACGAUGACGACGACAAGGACGACGAUCAUAACGAUGGUGAGAAGACAAAAGAUGUCGACGUGGGCGGUGAAGGCCGCGGAGUGGACGAUGGGGCAAGUGAAGGGUCACCCUUGAGGCCGCCCUCGCCCUCCAGCACAACAGGAGGCGGCGAGGCGCCAUCCCUCGCGCCGCAGCCGCCGGCAUCGCCCGUCAAGCCAAGGAUCUGGUCUUUAGCGGACAUGGCAUCCUCCUCGUCGUCACCCACUUCACCUUCUUCUACCCUGGCGGGAGCGGUGGGCAAGAUGAGCGUCCAUCGACCAUUACACCUGGAGGCCUCGCCCUACGCUCGCCCGCUGCCCAUGGCUCCCCGGCUCCCUACACCACAGGAGGCACUGCUUCAAGUCUACGCAAAGUCCCUCGGCCUGGCACCCCACCACGCCCACUCCUUCCCCGCCCUCCCAUCCGGCCUAAAUGGACUCGGGUCACAUUUGUCUCCCCCUGGGCUGGAGGCUCCGCUGCCAGCGACCCUGGCGGUGCCCCCGUACAGCACCGCCAGCCUGCAGUCGCCGAUUGUGAGCAGACCGGUGGCAACGCGCCCCCUGCCGCCUGUAUCGCCGUCAUCCUUGAACCACACGCUUCCCGGCGGCGCCAAAAUCACACCAGCACCACCACCCACCCACCGGCCCGAGGGUUAACCUCCCCUGCAGCAUUGUGAUUCGCCUCCCCACACCUGGUGACGUGUAGCCCUAUAAUUACCGGUGGCCACAAUGUUGGUCAAGCUUUAAGUGUGUCAAGAUUAUAAACCUACGAAGAACGAAUAAUCAACCGCAGAAAGUUUGAACGCUGCUAUCAAAAUGGACGCAUUUUAGUGAACUGGUGUGAAAAAGAGGCGCCCGUGGUGAUGAGCGAUGAGCGGUGGAUUAGGGAAAGGGAAGAGGAAGAGGUGAUGUAUCUCUCAAACAUAUGGACGCUUCAAAAAGGCGAGGACAGCGUACGUUACCUAGACACUCUUAAUACUAAACUAGUAAUGUAACAAAUAUCGUAGCAUAUCAUUUUUAGUGGAGAUGUAAAUGAAAACAACUUAGAAACUUCAUAACUUCAUAAAGAGGUUUAGAAAGGGAGACCAGCAGCUAAGAGGAGUAGGAGGAGGAGAAGGAGAAGGAGGAAUAAGGGAGAGGAACUACUAAACUUUCAAAAGAAAAGUGAUGAGCGAGAGAAAUGACGUUCCUCUAAGAAGCGAUGAGUUCUCCCUUUCUGGCACGGACUAGCAAGCCAUUUCAUUGCCACCAAGAGAGUCAUGAGAUAAGACUCUUGGCAUGACGAACGUGAGUGUGGUGACGUGAAAGUGACACAAGGGGUAGUAGUGGUGGUGGUGGCAAAGGUGACGCGCCACCAGACCCCAUCACACCAGCAUGCCCGUCUGCUCCCCAUCGUCCCAGCCACGGCCUCUCAUCUCCCGUGGCCGUGGCUUCGUGUAGUCUGUAGUCGUCCUAUACUUUUGUCUGCCAAAGUCAUGACAGUGUGCCCUGCGUCUGUCUGUUCGUGUUACGCCCGCCCGGUGUCCGUGGUCCAGGGAGGUGUUCUGCCCAUUUGUACCGUGUGUAUAGAGUCGCCUGAUGUCUCCCGCCAUCAUCAGCUGUUAGCAACACAUCAUGUUAUAUGUUAAUGUUUCAACAGCAAUGUGUUCAUAUAUGCGAGUUUGGUGGAAAGUGAACAGAAUAAAUUUUCAUUUCCUACGAUCAGUUCGGGAUUCAUCUGUUAAUGGGUUGGUCUGACUUGUUCCUUUUUCCUUUGUUAACCAGAAAGUUGGUUAAUUUUCUGAAAGAAAAUGAGCACGUUUUUAUUUAUCUAUUUACUUUUUUCAGCUCAGUCAGUUUCCUCGAAACAAUGAACAAGUAUUGACACAGUUACAUUUCCAAUUUCAUCUAAUAUAUAUAUAUAUAUAUAUAUAUAUAUAUAUAUAUAUAUUGUCGGUAACGGGUGUGUGGCGGGGCGGGUAGUGUGGCGCCGCUGCCUCGCGCUGUGGCCGCCGCGUAACUCAACACGUCCCCGCAACUCGGACAUAAGCGACCCUUUAAUUAAAGUGGUCCUGGACAUGAACGGGUUCCAAGUGACCCUAUCUCCGUCUUACGUUACGGCACGUCACUAUUCCGGUUUCGUCAUAGGGCGGCACGGCGGACCAACUAAAGGUCACCUGACCGUCACGGCACACCGGCCUCGAGGUCACAAGCUACAGGUCCGCCUGACCCCGCACCUGUGGCAAGACGGUAACCUGUUGUUCCGACGGAAAACUUCUACUCUGUUUACAUGUUUUUUUUUGUUUUUUUAUAUAUAAAAUUAUUUCCAAUCAUUCUUAGAUUUCUGUUGUAUAACUUACCGAGUUGUUAUAUAUUUAUACCUUAGUCUUUAUAAAAUAAAGAUUAGUACAAUUAUAACUUCCUGAAAUUGUAGAUACUUCCGGCUCGUGUGCAUACUCGUAAUGCUCUCUCUCUCUCUCUCUCUCUCUCUCUCUCUCUCUCUCUCUCUCUCUCUCUCUCUCUCUCUCUCUCUCUCUCUCUCUCUCUCUCUGUCUCUCUCUCUCUCUCUCACUGACACACACACACACACACACACACACACACACACACACACACACACACACACACACACACACACACACACAGACACACACAAAACCCCACCAUACUACAGCACAAUACAACACAACCAAGCUCACUCACUCUCUCUCGCACACACACACACACACACACACACACACACACACAUUUUUAUGAUCCCUACAAUCCACCAAGCCAGAUUUUAUUCCCUAAAUUGUCGGUUCACCCGAAAUGAAUUCCCUCCGUUGUAAAAUGAACCAUAAAUCCGAAUUCAUUAAGCUGGGCGGCACAAGCGGCCAGCCACCCCUGCAUUUGCUGUCCGAUUUCAUACGAUUUGUAAAAUUUUAUUGAUGGUGAAUCUGACAUAAUCACAGCGACAUGUAAUUAUCAGGGGAAUUACCGUAAAAUGGCCGCUUCAACAUUAGCGCGCCUGAUUACAACGGGGGGCGGGAAAAAAGUAGAGGAUAUUUCUUUUUUCUUUGGACAUUCAACAAUUAAUGAUUUGAAAUUAUACUAGCAGUGGUGGCCAGUCCUGCAUGCCAGCCCUGUAGAAAAACCUAAAUUAACUUGUAUUCUGGUACAGACCGGGUUAAUAAUGUUUGCCUCUUUUCUGUGUCUGCCUCCUCCUCCUCCUCCUCCUCCUCUUCGUCUUCCUCUUCCUCUUCCUCUUUUGUCGACAUGGUGGUGAAUUUAUAUAUUUGUAUAUGGAUCAUAGUUAAAUACUCUCUCUCUCUCUCUCUCUCUCUCUCUCUCUCUCUCUCUCUCUCUCUCUCUCUCUCUCUCUCUCUCUCUCUCUCCGUAUAGCCAGUAAGGUGACUUUUUUUAUACAUAUAUUUUACCGGAGCUUCACAAAGACAACGCUCUGCAAGGAACUCGUGAGAGCACCGAGGUGAGCAGUUCGGGUCCUCCCUCACAGGUGCUUACGGGUCAUUGAGAAGGUAUGAUGCGGGGGACGCGUGAUCCUGUCCACCUGGCUGACCGGCUACCUGACUGCUGCUGCUGCUUCGAGACCUGUGGUGUUCGCUGGUGACACACGAAACCACCGCGUCUUUAGAUAAUAUACUAAAUACACCUACCUAUACAUAUACCACCUGAUGUUGGUCAUACAGUAUACUUUGUCUUAUGAUAAUAUCCGUUCUCUCCACCAACGAAGUACAGGAAUGAUUCAAUGUUUCGUAUUUUUGUUGUUUAUUUGAUGUCUCCUUGUGUUUUCAAAAUUGUUUUUUUUUCCAAUUUUUUUUCUCUUUUUUUCUUUUUUUUACAUAUCACACAUUCACUCACUUGCAUUUUAAAUCGUCUUCGUUAAGAAAAUGCGCCUUUUAUUCCAGCUAAAAGGUACAAUUUUCUUCUAGUAGGACUGGAUAAGAACGCAUAAAACCUUGUGAGUACGUGGCGAAAAGGCCUACAUUUAUUAUCACUUUUAUAUCGUACAUACGUAGAGGAAAAAAGUUCUUUGCUGUUCAAGUUUUAUUUAAUGUGAUACUGAGCGUUAGGUGUAGCCCGCCGCGUGGCCGCUCCCUCCACCGGCCUCAGCAAAGUCAUAUUGACUCUUCAUAAUUUAGACUAUUGUAAUAAACAUAUUUCCAAUCUAAACAUAUGUGUUGUUUCAUAAUAAAAUGUUUAUAGAA